AUGUGGUUCACUGUGCUGAGAGUGCAGUCCGGUUCUGGCACCGUGGCAUCGGAGUCAGACUCAGGCUCCUGCGGUGGACAAGUGGUUCAGACGCGCGGAGGAGACCUGGGAAGCCGCCCUGGUCACCUCCAGCAGGCCGCGCUGCGCCAAAAGACCAGCGCGGACCGUCACCGCAGCCGUUGGUGGCGCGGCCGCUCCAGGAGUCUGAGGUACGGGAGGUCCCUCCGCCCCCACUGGACAUCGGGGGGGCCCGGCGUACUCUGUCCGUUCCAUCCUGGAUUCAAGGCAUCGGGCGGGGGGCCUUCAGUAUCUCGUGGAGUGGGAGGGCCCCCCAAACCCUCCACACAGGCCCCCAAACCCUCUACACAGCCCCUCAAACCCUCUACACCGCUCCCCAAACCCUUUACACAGACCUGCCCAAACCUUCUACACAGCUCCCCAAACCCUCUACACAGCCCCCCAAACCCUCGACACAGGCCUGCCCAAACCUUCUACACAGCUCCCCAAACCCUCUACACAGCCCACAAACCCUCCACACAGCCCCCCAAAACCCUCUACACAGCCCCCCGAACCCUCUACACAGCCUCCCCAGCCCUUUACACAGCCCCCCAAACCCUCUACACAGCCCCCAAACUCUUACACAGCCCCCCAAACCCUCUACACAGCCUCCCCAGCCCUUUAUACAGCCCCCCCAACCCUCUACACAGCCCCUCAAACCCUCUACACCGCUCCCCAAACCCUUUACACAGACCUGCCCAAACCUUCUACACAGCUCCCCAAACCCUCUACACAGCCCCCCAAACCCUCGACACAGGCCUGCCCAAACCUUCUACACAGCUCCCCAAACCCUCUACACAGCCCACAAACCCUCCACACAGCCCCCCAAAACCCUCUACACAGCCCCCCGAACCCUCUACACAGCCUCCCCAGCCCUUUACACAGCCCCCCAAACCCUCUACACAGCCCCCAAACUCUUACACAGCCCCCCAAACCCUCUACACAGCCUCCCCAGCCCUUUAUACAGCCCCCCCAACCCUCUACACAGCCCCCCAAACCCUGUACACAGCCCCCCAAACCCUCUACACAGCCCCCCCAAACCCUCUACACAGCCCCCCAAACCCUUUACACAGCCUCUCAACGCCCCCCAAACCCCGCUAA